GCCUGAGCGCCGUCGGCCUUCUCAUAAAAGUCAACAGCGACGCCGAGAUCUUCAAACGCGAAGCACAGGCGUCGAGCGCUUAUGACUGCUACGCCUAUGCAUCUUCCCGUCGGUCCUCGCGCCCCACCGGGCCUCCUGCGUCUAAUCGCCCCGUUGCUCGGCACCGACGAUACGCUAUAAAAGUAGCUUCAGCGCAGCGAAGCUGACCCCUCCCUCCCCCUUGACCGGAUGCUCGCCAAAGUAGCCCUAGCCGCCUUCACUCUGGUUCUCGCGCGCACUAUAUGGCGUAUUCUAUCUCGCUACGUGCAGCGGAGUCCAUUGGACAAUAUUCCGGGUCCAGCACCGCCUUCCCUGCUGACAGGUAAUUUCUACCAGCUAUUCCAUCCUAAUGCCUGGGGCUUCCACGAGAAGCUCGCCGAGGAAUACGGGCCUAUCGUCCGCACGACUGGCUUGCUCGGCGAGAAGCAGCUGUAUGUCGCUGAUUCGAAGGCGCUGCAUAGUAUAAUUGUCAAGGACCAGGAUGUCUAUGAAGAACACCCCCAAUUCACCUCGGCCAAUCAUGUCCUGCUCGGCGAAGGCCUCACCGCUACCCUAGGCGAAAAGCACAGGAAGCAACGCAAGCUCAUGAACCCCGUCUUUUCCAUCGCGCAUAUGCGAAACAUGAUUCCUAUGUUCCAGGAAGUCAUCGGCAAGCUCCGGAAUACGCUCGAGGAGAUAACGGAAGAUGGCCCUCGCGAAGUCGAUGUAUUACACUGGAUGAGCCGCACGGCUCUGGAGCUCAUCGGACGCAACGGCCUUGGUUAUUCUUUCGACUCCCUGGCCGUGAACGAUCCCGGGAACCCGUACUCCUCUAGCAUCAAGGAGCUCGCCCAAGCGGUCUUCAAGCUGAUCUUCUGGCGCACGUACGUCCUUCCCGAGGUAUACAAGCUCGGUCCGGCGUGGUUCCGACGCGCCGUCGUCAACUUCGUCCCGUGGCGCAGCCUCCACGAUAUCCGUGACAAGGUCAACCUGAUAUGGAACUCCUCGAAGGAGGUGUACACGCAGAAGAAGGCCGCAUUGCUCGCUGGCGAUGCGGCGGUCUCUCAGCAAAUCAGCCAGGGGAAGGACAUCAUGAGCUUGCUGAUUCGCGCCAACAUGAAGGCAGAAGACCCCUUGGAUGAGGACGAGCUAGUCGGCCAGAUGUCUGUGCUUAUAUUUGGCGGGACGGAUACAACGUCCUCUGCACUUUCACGAAUCUUAUACCUCCUCGCGAAACAUCCCGACGUGCAAGACCGUCUUCGUCAAGAGAUACGCGCGGCGAAGGAGACGUACGGAGUACUGACGUACGACGAACUAGAAUCUCUGCCGCUUCUCGAUGCUAUCUUGCGAGAGACGCUCCGGCUAUACCCGCCAGCUUCUCAGCUUCUGCGAAAGACCGUGAAGGAUGCCAUCCUACCCUUCGGCAAGCCCGUAAUGGGCGUCGACGGCCGUGAGCUAACGGAGGUAUAUGUCCCUGCCGGCACGCCUAUCAUCAUCUCCAUCAUCAACGCCAAUCGAAGCAAGGAUAUGUGGGGCGCGGACGCUCUGGAGUGGAAGCCUGAGCGCUGGCUCGCGCCGCUCCCUCAGUCCGUCGCCGAUGCUCACAUGCCCGGUGUAUACAGCAAUCUGAUGACUUUCCUGGGUGGCGGACGGGCAUGCAUUGGCUUCAAGUUUGCACAGCUUGAGAUGAAGGUAGCCCUUGUCGAGCUUCUCGACGCUUUUGAGCUGUCACCGAGCAAUAGGAUCGUGAGGUGGCGCAUGUCCAACAUCUCUUCGGCGUACGUCGAGGAUGCGCCGCAGAAGUCCCAGCUGCCCAUCGUACUCACUCGAGCAGCUAGAUAGAGUAUCUAUUAAACGCGGUUUGUGUAACAUUUACGAGUGAUCUUCUAUCCCAG